AUGAGAAGAAUACAUGACCAGCACGCCGCAGAGAAAGCCGCAAAAGAUGAGAAGAUGGUAGAGGCAAGGUGUGUAGCACUGACUGGCGACCACUGGACAUCGGUUAACAACGACAACUACCUCGGUGUUACUGUACAUCUCAUCGAUGCCAGCUGGGAACUUCACUCCUUCGCUUUAGGUGUGAUGAAAACAGAGGAGCAUCACUUUGCAGAAGCAUGUGCCAGGCAGUUUCUAGAUGUCGCUAAUCAGUGGGGGAUAGCUGACAAAAUCAGCACUAUUGGAACAGACAGUGCUCCUAAUAUGGUGGCAGCAGGGAGGAUACUGCCAUUCGAGCAUUUGCCCUGUGUUGCGCAUGUUGUACAGAGAGCUAUUAUAAUGUCACUUCGGGAAGGUGGUUUUGAUGGUGUACUUGCUAAGUGCCGUAAAGUGGUCGGACAUUUCAAACAUAGUCCGGCCAACACAGACGAGCUGAAUGUCCAGCAAGCCUCCCUUGGACAAGUUCAGGAGACACUCGUGCAAGAUGUUCCAACACGGUGGAAUUCCACCCUCGAGAUGAUCAAACGCCUGAGGCGCAACAGAGACGCACUGCACACAACGCUGUCUCAGCAGAAGCACAAUCUGACCCUCCCAACAGAUGCUGAAUAUGAGAAGUUGGCAAAGCUAGAGAAACUGCUGGAGCCAUGCAGGUACAUCACUGAGCUCCUUGGUGGGGAUAAGUAUGUAUCCUGCUCUGUGGUUCUUCCUGCCCUGUGCCACCUCCAGCACACGAUGAAGAUCUCAGACGAUGAUCCUGCCUAUAUUGUGCGAUUCAAGGCUGCCUUUACCAAGGACCUCAACCAGCGGAGGGAGAAAAUAAAUCUGGAAUGGCUUAAGGUGGCGACUGCUCUAGAUCCACGAUUUAAGGACCUCAAGUGCUUGCCCAGAGCAGAGAGGGAGCCAGUGUGGGCAAAGCUAAGUGAGUUGUUGAAGGAAGAAGAACCUGCUUUGCAGACACUCAGGGAGGAGAACCCUGAGCCACCCAAGAAGAAAACCGCCCUGCUACUGAUAGGAUCAGACUCAGAAUCAGAUGAGGAGAAACCAGAAGACAGUACUGUGGAGAGGUACAAGGUAAAGCCCAGUGCCAGUCUAGAUGAGUGUCCACUGAAGUGGUGGUCGGAGCACACUGCUGUCUAUGGUAAGAUGGCCCACAUUGCCCGUAAAUACUUGGGGACUCCUGCCACAACUGUCCCGUGCGAGAGACUUUUUUCUUUAGCAGGCCAUAUUGUGCAGAAGAGGAGAUCUAGUUUGUCACCAGAAAAUGUGAACAAGCUGGUUUGCUUGAGUUACUGGUGGAAAAAGGAGAAAUAGAGCUUGACUGAUUGACACAAAGCUACUGACUGUAAACAGUUCAUCAUGACCUCGUAUGUAGGCCUACUGUUCAAAAUUCAUGUUAAACUGAAUAAACAGUUAGUAAACACAAGUACAUCUUAUUGAACAUGAUUUAUUUUCAUCUUGAGAAACCCAUUCUCAAAGACUUACUUUUAGUCAUUAUUUGGGUAUUACACAUAUUCUGAAUGCAUUUUGCGGAAUUCAAAUGAGUCAUUUUAAUCUAGAUUAAUCUAGAUUAAUUUCAAGAUUACAGUGAGAUUAAUCUAGAUUAAAAAAAUUAAUCUAUGCCCACCUCUAAUAUAUACCCAUAUAUAUAAUAGUAACCACUAUUUCGCAUCAUUUGCAAAUCAUUCCACCACUAGUGAUUUUAGAAUGAUUUUUUUUAUGUAUUUCUGAUUGCUUGGCAAUUCAGAUAGCAGACAAAUUUGAGUAUUUACUUUUAACUCCGGGUUGUCCAUUUUGGCCACCGGCUCACAUGUUAUUUAGACGUGCUUCUCCGCCACCCGCAUCAGCGCAUCAUGAGAGGUUUGUUAGCUUCCUGCUAUAUAGUCUACUUUACUUUGUUAAUAACGAGACAGACACCGAGAACGAAAUGAAACGGAGAACAUUAAUUAUAUAUGGUGCUCUUUUAAAAGCAGACAAUAAUAGCCCGUCUUUGUGUUGUUAAAUUAAGCUUGUAACUUUGCACAGUCAGUGUCAGAAGAUUAUGUAUCGAGGCAGCUUAAGUUAUUUGUAAAAUAAUGUUAAAUUCAGAUAUUCUUGUUAGAUCCGUCUCUUGUUUUCUCCGCAGCCCGGCAUUAUUGUAGUCAGAAGAACAGGCUUUCACCGGAGCAGGUAGACUAAAUUUUUUGUUGUCUUUCUUUACAAAAACAUGUCAAACUAAACAGAGAAGAUAUUCAUAUGCCGACCGAGCAGUCUGUUAUGUAGUCUAUCACUGCG